CCCUCCCCCCCUCCCCCCUCCCUUCUUCAGCCAGUAGCUCCGCUGCUUUCAGGCGGUGGUGAACAAUUUGGAGGAUGCUCACGAGCAGAUCGAUACUGCCAUUUUUACGGCGUUGUAGGAGAGCAAACCUGUUUACAUAAGUGGAGCGGUAACCUAUCUGCAACUCCGCAUCCCACCUUCAGCCGUAAACCUGUUCCAUUUUCUCUAUCUAAUAGAAGGGUAGUUGCUGUAUCCUUCCUGCUGUUCGUGCCGCCUGCCGACCCUUUCCUAUCUGUGAGCAGCCCAUAUACUGGCGUUGCGGAGUGCCCAAGCCUGAACACCAAGACAACAAGAAUCAACUUAGCUUCCCAGUCCUCGCCAACAUCAUUAUCCUGUGAUUCGAGCCCUCUUUACAGUGGCAAUGAAAUCAAAGAUAAAAUGGGCAGCGCUUGGUGGGCUGGUUCUAUCAUCUGUUUCAUUGCUGGUUCAUUUAUUUUUGGCCAAGUCUAGCGCUAAUCUUGUACAGUACACUGCCUUUGCUAUUUUCACUGAUGAUCUAACCCCUCAUCUUCCUAUUAAAAAAGAUGCUGCAUACCGGAGGUUGUGGGGAAAUGUUAAGUCCUUGGAACCACUGCAGCAUUUUGCAGAUCCAAGAAGUACAUAUCAAGUUCCAUUAGAGAAAAACAAUGGCUUCAUUUAUGCCAAGAUUUUUGGUUCUUUCGAGAAGAUUAGGAACUCGAUCUGUGAUCUGGUCACCAUAGCUAGGCUUUUGAAUGCGACCCUCGUAAUCCCAGAGAUCCAAGAUAGUACUCAGUCAAAAGGCAUCAGUUCAAAAUUUAGUAGCUUUUCAUAUCUGUAUGAUGAGGAAAGGUUCAUAGCAAGCUUGAGAAAUGACGUGAUCAUCGUGAAGGAUCUACCACCAACCUUAAAGAAGGCAAAGAAAAGGAAAGGAUUCCCAACUUUUAAGCCUGGGAUGACUACUCCUCCUACCUUUUAUAUCUCUGAAGUUCUUCCGAAGUUGAGGAAAGUGAAGGCUGUUGGGUUAAUUUUGUCAGAUGGAGGAAGCUUGCAGUCCACUCUUCCACUUGGAUUCGCUGAGUACCAGAGGCUUCGAUGCCGUGUGGCAUUUCAUGCUCUUCAGUUCCGCACUGAAAUCCGAUCUCUUGGCUCGCUGAUGGUGGAAAGGCUGCGAGCUGCAGGCCAACCUUACAUUGCUUAUAAUCCUGGACUUAAGAAAGACAACCUAGCAUAUAAUGGCUGCGCUGAACUUUUUCAGGAUGUUCAUGCAGAGCUCAUACAAUAUAGGCGAGCUCAAUUGAUUAAAGAAGGUAUCCUUAAUGAAGAUCUAAGGGUGGAUUCUUAUGCUCAAAGAAGAAAUGGAUCAUGUCCGCUUAUGCCUGAAGAGGUGGGACUACUUCUUCGAGCUUUAGGCUACCCGCCAAGAACAAGAAUAUACAUGGCAGGUUCUGAGUCAUUUGGUGGCCAAAGGAUUUUAAUUCCAUUAAGAGCCAUGUACACGAACUUAGUGGACCGGACUUCAUUGUGCAGCAUAUCAGAGCUCGCAAGUUUAAUUGGACCAGAAACCUCACUUCCUCCGGAUCCCAUCCAACUCCUACCCGUGAAAAGUGAGAAGCAACUCAAAGAUGAAUGGGACAAGGGUGGGCCCCGACCAAGGCCCCUUCCUCCUCCUCCCAACCGACCUAUAUACCGCCAUGAAAAGGAAGGGUGGUACGGUUGGAUUGCUGAGAAGGAUUCAGAGCCGGAUCCCUCACCUCGGGAUUUAAGAGAACAAGCUCACCGCUUACUAUGGGAUGCCCUUGAUUACAUUGUUUCGGUUGAGGCAGAUGCAUUCUUUCCAGGUUUUGACAAUGAUGGUAGUGAAUGGCCUGAUUUUUCCAGCUUAAUAAUGGGGAAUCGGCUCUAUAACAAGGCAUCUUCUAGAACAUUCCGUCCCGACAGGAAAUAUCUUGCAGAGCUCUUCAACACAACCGUUGAACGUCUGUACUAUCCACCACGCAAUUGGACUCUCUCUGUAAGAGACCAUCUAAACAGAAGCACCACGGAAGAGGGCCUCAUAAAGAAGGGUUAUCUAUCUAAACCAAAACUCUUCCUUUCUCACCCUAUCCCAGAAUGCUCUUGCUCUACUGCAAAGUCUACUCAGAUUUUGAAAUCUGAGAAAGGCAAAAGUAUACUUCGUUUAUUAUACGAAGCACAAACAAGGUGCCCCUCGGAGAUAGAGGAAGCUGUAAAGGCUGAGGAGAGUGAUCCUGAUGAGGGUGACUCCCAGGAAGAUGAAACGGAGACGGAGGGACAGUUGGACUCUGAGGAUAGUGGAACUGAUGUUAUCCCAUCAUUGGAACAAGAUGAGGAAAUGGAUCCUGAUGAUUAAUUACUCUUUCUUUUUUGGUGGGGUUUGACGAAUUGCAGCAGUUUCAAGAUCUUCAUAGUUGAAAGGAGCCAGAUAAAGGAAAUAGCAUUUUGUUUAACUACAGGAAAUAUCAUACGGAGUAUAAGAGAUGUAUACUUUUUUCUUCAUGGUUUUGUUUCCUCAAAGCAAAAAAAGAAAAGAAAAAAGCAUCACGUGCAUCAAAACUCAUGUAAUUAAGAUAUGUUGAUUCAAGCAAUUUUUCCAUUAAUGUAACUACAUAACAUAAUUUAGUAAAAAUUUCAUCAAAUUUUUAGUACAU